GGCCAGUGGGAACCCUGAGGGAUCUGUGAGAUCACUCAUUCCAUUCACAGACUCUUGUCAGGCAGCAGCCACCCGCUCACCUCCAUCCCCAGGACUUAGAGGGACGCAGGGCGUUAGGAACAGAGGACACUCCAGGCGCUGACCCUGGGAGGCCAGGACCAGGGCCAAAUUCCCGUGGGCAAGAGGAGUCCUCGGAGGUCCUUCAUUCAGCGGUUCCGGGAGGUCUGGGAAGCCCACGGCCUGGCUGGGGCAGCAUCAACGCCGCCAGGCCGCCAUGGUCCUGUGCUGGCUGCUGCUUCUGGUGAUGGCUCUGCCCCCAGGCACGACGGGCGUCAAGGACUGCGUCUUCUGUGAGCUCACCGACUCCAUACAGUGUCCCGGCACCUACAUGCACUGUGGCGAUGACGAGGACUGCUUCACAGGCCACGGGGUCGCCCCGGGCACUGGUCCGGUCAUCAACAAAGGCUGCCUGCGAGCCACCAGCUGCGGCCGUGAGGAACCCGUCAGCUACAGGGGCGUCACCUACAGCCUCACCACCACCUGCUGCACCGGCCGCCUGUGUAACAGAGCCCCGGGCUCCUCGAGCAGCCAGACGGUGGGGGCCACCACCAGCCUGGCACUGGGGCUGGGUAUGCUGCUUCCUCCACGUUUGCUGUGACCAACAGGGAGGACAGGGCCUGGGACUGUUCUCCCAGAUCCGCCACUCCCCAUGUCCCCAUCUCCUUCCCCCACUAAAUGGCCAGAGAUGCCCUGGACAACCUCUUGCGGCCCUGGCUUCAUCCCUUCUAAGGCUGUCCACCAGGAGCCCAGUGCUCGAGGAAGCACCCCUAGGCCUGAUUGAGCGGCAGGGGAGCACAGCCUGUGGGUUUGAUUGUACUACUCUAUUCCACUGGUUCUAAGACGCAGAGCUUCUCACGUUUCAA